AUGUCAAUGCGCUCUAAACGUACUGCACUGGAAAAUUCGAGAGCAGAAAACGGGCAAAAUGGUGUGCGUCGACAAAAAGUUCAGAUCAACGUUCGCGGCGAGAUGUUCGAAACAUAUGAACACACUUUGUCUCGCUUCCCGAGGACCUUACUGGGGUCUCAAGCUAAAAGAAGCCGCUUUUACAAUCCGAUUCGGCGAGAAUAUUAUUUUGAUAGAGAUAAGGCAGUUUUUAACUCAAUACUUUUUUAUUAUCAAUCAAAUGGAAUCCUCUCCAAGCCGGAAACUGUUUCGUACGAGAUAUUUUCGUCGGAGUUAAAGUUCUUCCAACUCGAUGGCUUUUACGAAGAUUCCGAUGAAGAACUCGAUUCAGAACUCGCUGCAGCAGCAAGACGGAAAGCGGCCGAAAGUUUGCCGUGCUUGCGAAAGUUCAAGAGGACGAGAAGAAACGUGUGGCGUUUUUUUGAACAACCAAUUACUCCGGCGGAGAGAUUGUACACAAAGUUUUCGUUGAUAUUGACCGUUUUAUCGCUAGUUUCUUUGUGCCUGGAGUCACUGCCAAAUCUACCAGAGAAAUCGGACCAUCUUCAGAAUCAGAAAGGGAAUUCAACAAUGCCAGCUGUAGAUUACGAUAUUGUUUGGUCGUCUGUUGAAGUUGUCUUUACAAUAUGGUUUACUGUGGAGUUGAUUCUUCGUUCAGUGUGCGCGCCAAAGAUCGCGCAAUUCGUGCUCUCCUUUAGUUUUUUAGUGGAAAUUACUGCCUUGUCGCCGUUGUACGUGAAAAUCAUCGUUACGAGCGUUACGGGUCAAGAUGCAAGCUACGUGGUACCUGAUCGGAUUCUGCGUUGUCUUCGCUUAGCGAGGCUACUGAAACUUAAAAGAUAUAGCGUCGGCAUACGACUUCUGUUUGAAACCAUUGUGGACAGUCGCGAGCAUAUGAGCUUGUUUAUGUUAUGCAUAGUGUUCAACACUAUAUUUUUUUCUAGCUUCGUGUAUUUUUCCGAGGGCGAAGGGGAAAGCUCUCAAUUUACUAGUAUUCCAGCGACAUUCUGGUUCACAAUUAUAACCCUUUCAAGUGUAGGGUACGGUGACUUCGUCCCGACCUCAGCGGUAGGAAAGCUGGUGGGCACAUUUUGUUGUAUCGGGGGCACUUUGGCCAUGUUUUGUUUUACCCCUGUGUUGUUCACGGAAUUUCGCAAAUCCUGGCAGCGUUAUUAUGCGGAGAUGUUGGAGAUUAAAGCGCAAAGGGGCGAAGAUGCCCGAGAAGACGAUCAAGUUCACUACAGAAGCCAAACUGUACGUCUGCGAUGUCAGGAUGAAGUGUCUCAGGCGCUACUGGAAAAAGCGAAUGCUGUACAUGGAUAA